GCUGCUUUGUCCGACUCAUAUAUAGACAUCUCGAAUCCCGAGCCAUGAAUUUCCGAUCGUGGUGCGUCCGGGUUGCUGCUGUCUUGAGCACCCUGGCCACUGCCAAGUGUGCCAGCCUGGAAGACACCGCGCUGCGACUGAAGGAUUUGACUUCAAGCGGAGGACCAGCCGGCUUGGACUCCAUCCAUGGCAUUGCAAACAAAAGGCAGUUCCGGAACUACACGUCGGAGCACCGCGAAGUGAUCUGCAGGCCACUGGAAGGCGGCGGCAUUGAGUGCAAAACCACUGAAAUCACUUCUAAUGUUUCCUUGUCCUGGACUCCGGGAAUCAUCGCCGGCCUUGCGGUGGGACUGGUCGUGCUUCUUGUCUGCGUGACCGUCUGCUGCGUCUUAUGCUGCCGGGGAGUGUGCGCAAGGAGAAACAUGUAGCCGACAACGCUGGUGUUCCAGGACCGCACCAGGUGACCACGGGACCAGGGACCCACUCCUUUCCGCAAGGUGCUUACCCUAAACAGCCGCGCUGAUCGUCGUCUUCGCUUCGAGAACAACCCGAAAGCAACUGAGCCAGCGAAUGCAUCGACCCUGUAAAUGCUCAACUGUGCCACGACAGACAAAUCGUAAAAAUAU